CGCGUGUGGACUACCACAGAAGAAGAAAAGGCGGAAGCUCCGUUUACAUUCGUGCACGUUGCUGGACGGUGAGAAAACAAACCACUCACUGUAAAUUAGACAACAUUUUGAAACAAACAGAGAUGGUUGGGAAGAUUAAACAUGUCCGUCAGAAGCUUCACCAGGAGGCAGUGAAGCCUGACACUGCGCCUCUUUGCUUCGUGUAUCCCCCGGUUUCCCUGAGCACUCACCGCGUUACUCCUCCACCUCCAGAAAACAACAAGGGAAGCAAACAGGCUUCAGCAGAGAGCUCCUUCCCUUCUGGAAUCUUUGCUGGCACUAAAAUCACUCCAGAGGCUCUGGUUCAAACCUUGAAGUUUGAGGAAACUAAAGAUGCACCAGUUACACCUGUUAUUGCCAAGAAAGGCCCAGAAGAGAAGAAACUCAAGUCAAAGAAAGAGAAGAUGAAGGAGAGAAGGGAGAAAUGGUUGAACAAGAUCAGCUCCAUCAAACUGGCCCAGGAGCAGCAGGCGGCCGAGGCUCGCAGGAAGGCGACGCCGGUGGUCGGAGACCUGAGGCCGCUGGCCGACGCUCUGCCGGAGCUCUGUCAGCUCAUCGGCUCGCCCGCCGCCACAGUGACCUCUGCGCGCCGCAGGAGCAGGAAAAACAAAGAGCCGGUGAAAAGGCCAGAGCCGACAGAUUUCAGUCAGAUGAAAACAUCGCAGAAACGCAAACUCCUAGAAACCGAGUGCAGCCACUUCAGCACAAUAGUCAAAACCUUCUCUGGCAAAACUAACCCUCUGGUUGACAUCGGUGAGCAGCUGAAGAAGAGGAUGAGGCAGGAGGAAGAGAACAAUCCCAGUUAACAGCAGCAGCAGCUGAACAAAGUGAGUCUUAAGCGCUUUCACAGACUUAAAGAUCUCGGAAUUCCUAAGGGAAGGUGACUGUGUCAGAGAAACCCAACCCUGGUAAAAAAGGGAAGAACCUGAUACCUGGUUCUCCCCGUCAGUCACGACUCAGCUGAAGAAAACAUCCUGAAGGACAAUGACAGCGUCCAGAUAAAGAUGUGCAACCGACUCUCACCAAAUGUACCUUGAACAGCAUUUUUUCUAGCCUGAGUUUGGUAUUUAUUGGUUGUAGAUGUAGAAAAAAACAAAACAAAUAUAAGCUCAUUAAAUCUGUAUUUUCCAUAAUGUUCUAUGAGAUGAAGAUACGUUAUUUUCAGCAGUGAUCGUAGGAGUCAACUAAUCCUUCAAGUUUCUAUAACACAGUUUUCACACAUCUAUUUUCAGUGUCUCAUUGUUCUUAUCAGCUCCAGCACAAGUAACCCGCUGGCAAUCAUGACGGCAACUGUGCUAAACCGUGGACAAACAGUAUCAGUGAGCACAUCAACACAGUCUGCACUGAGAUCAAGUUUUAAAAAAGCAAAGGAUUUUUACCACAGCAUCUUCACUGGUUUUCUUUUCAUGUAAUUAAAUGUUUGUAUGGAAAUUUUCUGCUACAUGAAAAUAAAAUCAACUGAACACACA